AUGAAAUUGCCGAUUGAAAUAGAAGAUACAAAAGAAGAUGAAAAAACAGAUAUAGGUGACGAUACAGAAGAAGACGAUUCACCUACUCAAACAACAGAUACAUCUAAACAAGAGAAAUUCUGUAAUUGGAACCGUUUUGUUCACUGGAUUCAAUGCGUAUUCGGUUAUCAACGCUCGUCUACAAUAGACCAACCUUAUCGUACGGCUGUCUAUUCAUUGUCAAAGAUUGAUCAAUUUGUAAAAUGUUUCGAUAAACGAAAUCGAUCUGAAACAGAUCUGAACCGUUCAAGCAGUGAAAACUUAUGGGAUAUUGCUGAGAAGAGCUAUUUUACAACCAGCGAACGACAUUGGCUCACUUAUGAACUAUUGUCACGGAUCAAGGGAAAGAUUAUUACGAAUUCAUGUGUGUCAUCUGAACAAAAUUUAUCGAACACGUAUAAAUAUUUCGGGAUUCGUCAAUUAAUAUCUCAUGGUAUAUUUGAUUCAUGUUUUCCUUUACACGAAAAACUAGAUUAUAGUAUAUCCAAUGAUCGAGUUAAAUUGAGGACAACAUGGGCAACUAUAUGCAAAUGUUUGAAACUUCAACCAAUUGAUUUGAUCCGUUCCUAUAUGGGUGAAAAAGUUGCAUUUUAUUUUGCUGCUAUGGGUUCUUACACAAUUGCACUCAUACUACCUUCAAUUGUUGGGGUGAUUGUCUUUAUCUAUGGUGUUGCUAGUGUCACUUCGGACAGGCCAACAUCCGAUAUUUGUGGAUCAUUUGGACACAAUACAGACAUGUGUCCUCUUUGUGAUAAAACAUGUUCAUUUUGGAAGCUUAGUGAUAGUUGUGUCUAUGCACAAAUUUCCUAUGUAUUUGAUAAUGUUGCUACUGUCAUAUUUGCUAUAUUGAUGUCUAUCUGGGCAAGAGGCUUUGUAGAAGGAUGGAAACGAGGUCAAUCCGAAUUACAAUGUCGAUGGGAUUCGAUCGAUUUUCAUGAAUGUAAUGAACCAAUACGACCUGAUUUUGAAAAACAAGUUCGAUCAAAACGAAAGAAUAUAAAAACUGGAAGAAAAGAAUCACAUGUCAGUAUUGAACAGAAACUUCCAAAAAUUCUGUUGUCAAUUAGUGUCGUUUUAUUGAUGAUAAUUAUCGUCUGUCUGACAAUAUUCUCUAUCAUUGUCUAUCGUAUUCAAAUAACAUAUGUCUUAAAAAAUGUAUCAGUUAGUUCAUAUUCAUCGAUUAUAAUCACUGUAACAAGUGCCAUUAUGAAUCUAAUUUGUUCUCUUAUAUUAUCACCAUUGUAUUAUUAUAUUGCACAAAAAAUAACCGAUUAUGAAUUACACAAAUACCAAUCAGAAUACGAAGCAGCAUUUUCACUCAAGGUUUAUAUAUUUGAAUUUGUCAAUUUUUAUUCAUCAUUAUUUUAUGUUGCCUUUUUCAAAGGACGAUUAGCACCAUUGUUUGCAUUAUUAAAUAAUAUAUUAGAAAUUCGGUUUGACGCCUGGAAGUUAUUAACAAGAUAUCGUCGGCCUGUUCUACAUAAAGCAGCAAACAUUGGCAUUUGGACUGCUAUUCUUUCCAGCAUUUCUUAUUUUGCUGUUUUGACUAAUGGAGCAGUCAUUGCAUGGACAUCCGAAUUUAUACCAAAAUUAGCCUACCAGAUCAUAGAAGGAAAAGGAACAAGUCUUGAUGGUUAUGUUAAUUGGACACUUUCUUUAUUUCCGAUCAGUGAUUACAAUAGAACAGGUACUAUGAAUCCAAAUAUUCCAUCAAAUUUGACUUACUGUCGUUAUCGUGAUUUUCGAGAAUCAAUCGGUCCUAAUUAUAAUUAUACAUCACUUUAUUGGCAUAUUAUUGCUGCUCGUCUAGCUUUUAUGAUCAUUUUUGAAAAUGUUAUCUAUCUAAUUGUUUAUUUAGUUGAAUUGAUGGUUCCUGAUGUAUCCAGUCAUGUUCAAGAAGCUAUCGAUCGACAACGUUACAGUGAACAAUCUCAUCGAGAUUCUCCUCCCAAGACUCCAUCUGCACAACAUGUUAUUAAAAAUCAUAAAGAACAUUUAUUCCUAUGUAUUGAAGCUAUAUCAGAGGGAACAUCAGCACCAAUUACAAAUUUUCUUAUAACAAUAGAAGAUAGAGAUCCAAAAUGUGCAUCAUUAACAAGGAUUUUAGAAACAAUAUUCCUUGAAGCUUGGUAUCCAAUAAUUGUUGCAACUAAUUCUAGAGAAAUAAAACAAAAUUAA